AUGGGUAAAAAAAUCUCGGAUCUACUGGAAAAUUCAAUUUUGAUUGGUUACUGUAUUUAUCGUAUGUUCAUUGCUACUCAUCUUAUUGUGCAAAAUGCUAAAUUUGCAUCUGAAAAUGGUGUUUAUGGAUGGAUUGAGAAUCACAAUUGGC